AUGAAUGACAGCCUAUUUAUCAGUUUGGACAGACUUUUGCUAGAAUUUGUUUUCCAGUAUGAGCAAGAUAUAAGUACUAAAGAAGAUAUGAUUCAACGAAUUAAUAAAUGCUUUGAAGAUAUUAAAGAAAACAAAGCGACUAUUUGUAAGAUACAUGAAACUAUAAAUACAACAGAUGAGGAAAUUGGUCAUUACUGUAAACAUAGUAAGGAGAUCAAAGACAACUGUAGUGACUGGAAGCCAACAUGUGAUGUAUUUCAUAAACAUGAAGACUACAUGCAGGAUCAAUUUACUAUCUAUCAAGAAACUAUUGAAAAAGACAAAAAAAUGUACCAUGGUUAUAUAUGUCAAUAUAAAGAUGUUUUAAAGCAAUACCAACUAAAAUACUCAGAAACACCACUUUCACAUGAAUAUUAUAAGAAGAAGAGAGAAUAUGAAGAAAUUCAAGACAGAGUGUUGGCAUGUACUGACCAACUAAAGAUGAAUGAAACUAUUUUUAUGGAAUUUUUAGUGCCUGCUCCCUUCCCAUCACUUACCGAUUGGACAUUACACAUGGUUAAUUUGAGAUGUAAAACACAAGAUAUUCUUAAACAUGCCAACAAAUUUUCCAAAAGAUCGUGUGAAUUGAAGAAAGAAAUAGAUGACGUGGAAGUAGAAAUUAAUUAUUUAAACCAGCAGAUGGCAAGACUUUAUGAAAUGAAGGAUCUUUCAGAAACUCUGGAAGAAAAAAAUAAAAAUAUAGAAAAGAGAAAGGAAUUGAAAGAAAGAAUUUUUGAAAAAGAUGAACAACACAUACUUAUGUUGAAUAAAGCCCCUCAAAACAACCAAUUACUUCUUCCAUGUGAAUCUCAGAAAUUAGUCAAACCAAUAAAGAUGCAUUCUUCAGAACCAAGAGUUAUAGAUAAAAAAGAAGAGAGUUCUGUGAAGCUUGCCAAUAUUGACUUCAGACAAAAAGAAAGUGAUACACAGGUAUUGAAUGACUCUGCUGUGAAUAACCACUUAAAAUGUUCACAUGUUACGGCUUUUAAAACUUCACGAAAUUUUAUGCAGUUCAGAUUGUUAACCCCACAGAAACAAUCAAAUUGCAAUCAGUGGUUGGAAAAGGGAGAUACAGGUGCUGAGUGUGGAGAUAAAGGGACAGUAAAACAAUCGAGAGAAUCAAAAUGUACUUCACAAGUUAUAUAUACAGAACAUUUGGGGAAGCCAGUAGAAAGUAAUAGUGAUGAAGUAGAAGAAAGGGCCGAGAUUUUUCCACGGACUCCUGAAAUUCCUUUAUUUUUAAGGACUCCUGAAGCUGUGAGAACACCUGACUCUGUGGAGAAAUUACCUAAAACCCCCUCAUUUGAAAUGAAUAAAAAUAGAAAUACAGCUACUGAAUGUCAAAAACAAAAGGAAUCACCUGGAUUUUCUUUUUUUAUGAGUUAUACCUCUAGAUCUCCUGGAUUGAAUUUAUUUGAUUCUUCUAUAUUUGAUUCAGAAAUCUCAUCACAUCAGUUUAAUGAACAUUAUUCUACAGGAAAUUUAAAUCCUCUAUCAUCACAGCAAGAAAUUGGAAACUUAUUUGGGAAGCCAGAAGGAGAAGAUGCCUUUACUUUUACUUUUCCAUCGGACUCUUCAACUCAUACAUUUGGAGCUGGAAGAGAUGAUUUUAGUUUUCCAUUUCCAUUUGAACAGGAUCAAAACUCAACACCUUCUUCUGUAAAAGGGUUUUCAUCCUCCUCACAAAAUACCUCACAAUUUACUUUUUUCUGA